UCACUCAUUUGGCCAGUCACGGGGCCAAAACCAGUGUUUGGAGCCACAGUGUGGCGGUGGAGGCAGCAGCAAUGGGAGGCCAUACAGCAACCUAUGACAAAAUGGAAACCAGCAGGAGUGUGAGGAGACCUGAAAGUGGCACAUGGCAGAGUGGGAGCAAUGGGAGGCGGUACAGGGACCCAGGUCACACUGUGGGCUCAGCAGCAGCGUGACCAGGCGGUACGGGGGCCCAUGGCCGAUUUGGGGCCUGGUGGCACCUAUGGGAAGGCCUGUAAUCUGCCAGCAACCAAUGACAAAAAAAUGGACAACCGCAGGAGUGUGAGGAGAUUUCAAAGUGGCACAUGGCAGAGUGGAAGCAAUGGGGGAGGCCGUACAGGGACCCAGGUCACGCUGUGGCUCAGCAGC